AUGGCGAGCAGCAGCGGCUCCAAGGCCGAAUUCAUUGUGGGAGGGAAAUAUAAACUGGUACGGAAGAUCGGGUCUGGCUCCUUCGGGGACAUUUAUUUGGCGAUCAACAUCACCAACGGCGAGGAGGUGGCAGUGAAGCUAGAAUCCCAGAAGGCCAGGCAUCCCCAGUUGCUGUACGAGAGCAAACUCUUUAUAAGAUUCUUCAAGGGCCCCUCUACCCCUCCGGAGCAGCCGUUCUCCGCCUUGGUCAUCCUCUAG